GCAUCCCUCUCUUGGCCACGCCGACCCAACCAGCAUGUUCUCGCGCCGCUUUGUGCUGCUCCAGUGGAGUCUAGCUCUGCUCUUGACCGCCUCCUUCGUCCUUGCCCAAUCGGCACCCGGAGAGACGCUGCUCGACCCACAAGCAACGUGCCCACAAGAGACGAGGGACUCCAUCACUACCUGCUUGGGACAGGUGGAGGUGGACGAGUCUCAGAGACCUGGUGGACCUUGCAAUGACGGUGAUUGGCCAUGCAUCUGCAACAAGCAGUACGGUCUCAUCGCUUGCUACGCUCCAUGCCCAGGCAUCCAGCCGGCCGAAGAUGUAACUUACAACAAUAACAAUUGCGCGGGUCAGCACAAUGGAGUGAGGAAUGGAGCGGCGGGCGGACCGGCUACGUACAGCGGCGCGGCUCUCACCACCACAGCUCCCAAUGGAGCGACUGGCACCGCUGGCAGUGCAGGCGGAGCUACGCCAUGGUGACGUGCUUCUACACUUGACUAAACUCAUGUCCUGAUCUCUAUGCAUGCAUGCAGCGCAACGACGGAACCCGGCGCAAGCAGCGCCUCAAACAGCAGCGCUCCCAACGCGACCAGCACCGGCAGCAGCAGCAGCACGAGCACGAGCACGAGCAGUCCUGCGGUCAACAGCACGAGCACCUCGACUCGUGCAGGUUCCGGCGAC